AUGAGCUCCGUCGUCUAUCUCAUGAUCCGUGAUGAUUUCUCCGUCCUAUCUUUUGGAUUUGCCGACCAAAAUGUGAUUUUAUGGUCGCCUGUGAAGUUUGGUGGACUUUGGUCACGCCGUUUAGGAGUUGGCCGUAAUGGUUCUCCUUGUGCGCGAGUGGCUGAAGGGCAAAGGAUCCCUUUAGCUUCUCCAUUCUCUGGUUCAGGGGGCUCACGUGGUGGUUUGGGCACGCCAAGAUCAUCUCCUAUGCCACCUUUGAAGACAAAUGCACUUGGGAAGAGCCUUAAGGUGUUCCUCAGCUUCUCCUUUGCGGUAUGA